UUUAUGGCUAUACUAAUUAGAAAUAAUUCUUUAUAUUUAUUAAUAUGUGCUUAUUUGUGCAAUCAUUAAAUGUAUUGGUCUUACACCACUGUUAUGUCCACUGGUCACAGCAAUAAAUACUGUAUUUUUGCAAUUCCACAAGUCUCUCCAUUUCCAAUGUAACCUACUGGCCUAUUCAUUAACAAUAUGCAAUUUCAGUGCAUGUAUGAGAAUUGGUAUGAUGAUAAAUUACAAAAAAUAAACAGUCCAAUGCUGCUUAAACACUUAAAUUUAGUUGACUUUUUCUUUUUGUAGGGAGAAGAGGCCGCCCAGCCAUUUAUGUUACCAGAGAACACAUUAAAUUUCUGCUGAAGCAAGGCCAUACAAUUUCAAAAACUGCUGAAAUACUGGGAUGCUCCUCAUCAUUUCUGUACAAGAAGUCAAAGUUGUUGGGUAUACCUGUUAGAAGUAUGCUGUCUGCAAUAGAUGAUGGUGACCUAGAACAACAUGUGAGGCAACUUCAGAGCCAAUAUCCUAAUUCUGGAAAUGAGAUGAUAAGAGCCCUGUUGCGUGCACAGGGUGUGCUUGUUACACGGUCCAGGGUCCGUGAGAUGUUGACACGGGUCAAUCCUACUGCUGCUGCAAGGAGAUGGAGCCAGACAGUUGCAAGACGUGUUUAUCAUGUACCUUACCCCAAUAGUUUGUGGCACAUUGAUGGGAACAUGCGUCUCAUAAGAUGGGGUUUUGUGAUUCAUGGUGCAAUUGAUGGAUACUCCCGUCUGAUUACUUACCUCAACUGCAGCACAGACAAUCGUGCCACAACAGUGCUUUCUCAGUUUUUGAAAGCAACAUGCCUCUAUGCCCUACCAUCAAGAGUCAGAUCUGACCAUGGUGGUGAAAACAUCCUUGUGGCUUUAUUCAUGCAUCUAGUUCAAGGACUUGAACACAGAGGUUUCAUAACCGGACGAUCAGUUCACAAUCAGAGAAUUGAACGCCUUUGGCGUGAUGUAUUUUUGCAUGUGUUGCAGCACUUUUACCUUAUGUUCUACUCCUUAGAGGAUUCAGAGGUUCUAAACCCAGAUGAUGAUGUCCACAGACUUUCACUGCAUAUUGUUUAUCUUCCUGAGAUUCAAAAAAGACUGGAGCAGUUUAGACAGGCCUGGAACCUCCAUCCGUUGCGAACAGAAAAUAAUCGCACACCAUCUCAACUCUGGACAGAGGGCAUGCUCAAAAACAUUGCAACAGACAGCACAGCUGUCAACAAUGUGUUUGGGGAAAAUCCCUACAGCGACCAAAACAUUGAUGCCAUCCUAGCGCAGUAUGGAAUUCAAACACUGCCUACACUUGAUGAGGAAGAGUUCCCAGCUGUUAAUGUAGAGCCACCUCAACUCAUCCUCACUCAGCAACAACAGACAUCUGUACACAAUGCAAUCCAACACCUUUCUGAUCUAAAGAUAAAAUAUCAGGCUUGCUGUACUGCAAUUAUCAGUAUUUUGCAAACACAGGUAUAGUCCAAUUCCAAGCCCAGAGACAAAAGUUUAUUGGCUGCAUAUAUUA